CGUGUCCCCACAGACGUGUCCCCCGUGGUGGCCGGGCUCAUCGGCGCGACCGUCCUGGUGGUCUCCGUCUCGGUCACGGUGUUUGUGUGGACAUGCUGUCACCAGCAGGCCGAGAAGAAGCACAAAACCCCCCCCUAUAAGUUCAUCCACAUGCUGAAAGGCAUCAGCAUCUACCCCGAGACCUUGAGCAACAAGAAGAAAAUCAACCGGCUGCGCCGAGACAAGAGCGGGACCCCCAAGGAGGCCGCGCGGGGGAACCUCCUGGUGGAAGCGGCCGAGUCGGGGCUGGCGGGCCCCGACAAGGCCCCGGCCGUGCCCGCCGCGGCCCCCCGGGUCGAGCAGCUCCCCAUCCAGGUGGAUUACGGGGACGAACUCAGCCCGGACCGGAGCCUCACCCCGGCGGGCAGCAAAACCUCCUCGCCGUCCUCGCCGGGCGACGACGUGACGCUGGGCGAGCUGACCUUCUUGGUGGACUACAACUUCCCCAAAAAGGCCCUGGUGGUCACCAUCCAGGAGGCCCGCGGGCUGCCCGUGAUGGACGAGCACACGCAGAGCUCCGACCCCUACAUCAAGAUGACCAUCCUGCCCGACAAGAGGCACCGCGUGAAGACCCGGGUGCUGCGCAAGACGCUGGAGCCGGUGUUCGACGAGACCUUCACCUUCUACGGGAUCCCCUACAGCCAACUGCAGGACCUGGUGCUGCACUUCCUCGUGCUCAGCUUCGACCGCUUCUCCCGCGAUGACGUGAUCGGAGAGGUCGUGGUGCCCCUGGCCGGCGUCGACCCCAGCACCGGCAAAGUGCAGCUCACCAGGGAGAUCCUCAAGAGGAACAUCCAGAAGUGCCUGAGCCGGGGGGAGCUGCAGGUGUCCCUGUCCUACCAGCCCGUGGCGCAGAGGAUGACUGUGGUGGUGCUGAAGGCCCGGCACCUGCCAAAGAUGGACAUCACCGGCCUCUCAGGUAGAAGCUAUUUUCUCCAGCUUGGAAUUUUUCUUUGGAAACCCCCCCCCGCCCCACUACUUCCCGACCUCCAGGUUCACCCUGUUCCCGUUUGAGCCGUGGGAAUUCCUGGGUUUGCCUCCUGAACUCCUUGUGGGGGAUACAGAGCGUUCCCGCUGGUUCCUUACGGACAAUUUAAGGAUGAAAAUCACUUUUAGGGAGAAUCCCAGGAUCCCAGAGAGGUUUGGGAUGGAAGGGACCUCAAAGAUCAUCUUGUUCCAAACCAAAAUCCACUGGGAUUUGAGCUCCUAAAACCGUCACACCCAAAAUUCAGUGGGUUUGGAGCUCAUAAAACACCCAGUCCCAAAAUCCAGUGGGAUUUGAGCUCCCAAACCUCUCACACCCAAAAUCCAGUGGGAUUUGAGCUCCCAACCCCCAGAUCCAAAGUGCCCGGACAGGGGGUUGCACCCAAAUCCUCUCCCUGUUCUGGGAGAACAAAGGGUUGGAGAUUCCCAGGUUGGUUUGGGAAAGGCAGGGUUUUCCAAAGGCCACCAGAUCUCCCUCAGGGUGGAUCCAGGACGGGCUGGAUCCGUGGGAUGAGAGCAUGGGAUCCACGGGCUGGAGCACGAGGAUUCCGUGGGAUCCUAGCAUUGCUGGAUCAGGAUGGGGUGGCCCAGCAGGAGCAGGGAGGGGGUUCCUGGCACCAUCCCAUGGGAUCCUGGGCUGGAUCAGGGCUGGGAGGGGAUUCCUGGCACCAUCCCAUGGGAUUCUGGGCUGGAUCAGGGAUUGGAGGGGGUUCCUGGCACCAUCCCAUGGGAUCUUGGGCUGGAUCAGGGAUGGAAGGGCAUUCCUGGCACCAUCCCAUGGGAUCCUGGCAUUGCUGGAUCGGGAAUGGGGUGGCCCAGCAGGAGCAGGGAGGGAUUUCCUGGCACCAUCCCAUGGAUUCCUGGCAUUGCUGGAUUG